AUGGCACCAUCACCAGCACCAUUGCCACUGCAUGCGCCACAUGCCACGCGACAAGCGCAAGUCACAAUAAAUCCACCAUUUGUGUUGGGACGCGCGCCUUGGUGGCGGACGACGGUACCUACACCGCGACGUCAGCGAAAGCGAAAAAUCUCAUUUGCCGCGGCAUUGAAGGAUUUCCUGCAAAAUGUGUCAUUCCAUUGUUAUGACAAAUUAGUUGAGCCGCAUCGGCGUUUUCACGAACGUUUCUUUUGGAUUGUUUUCCACAUCACCACGUUGAGCGUACUGGUUGUUUUUCUCCGCAGCACCUACUUUUUCGACGGAAACUUCCUAAGCACGACCAUUUACGAUCCAUUGUUCCCAAUACGCAAAGUGCAUUUUCCUACUCUUUCAAUUUGCUCACUAAAUCGCAUUUCCAAUGCCUCGGCCACUAGAUAUGCCCAGAAAUUACAAAUGGUUGAUCCACAAAAACGCGGGGUUAAUUAUUUUUACAAUCACAUACGCAAAUUGAGUUAUGCGUACACUAAAAAGGUCGAUAACGAUGGAAAUUAUGAGGAUGCCUUGGAAUUUCAGAACUUUUUGGAUAUCUACGAUACCUUGGACACGGAUGCGUCUUACAAUACCAGAAGUCGCAUGAGAGAGUUAACCCCAAGAUGCAAGGAUAUUUUAGUACAUUGCCGUUUGGCUGGCGAGAAUUUCGAUUGUCAAACGAAAUUUCAAGAAACUUUGACUGAGGAUGGUUUUUGCUGCACCUUCAAUGCAGACGGCUCAUAUGCCAAGUCGCGUCCUGUGAGGCUUAGUUUUCUCAAGCAAACCAAAGGCCUCGAGCUUUUAUUAAAAGAUUCAAACAACGAUGAGUUUUUUAAGCAAUCGCUUUCUGCGGGCUUCGUGCGACACAGAAUUGACUUUUACUGGGUCAAAUCGCACAUCGGUAUUGAAGGAAACGAGCGUGCAGAUGAACAGGCAAAAGAAGCAGCAAAUCAAGGAGUCGAUCCAGUAUAUACUGCAUUUCCCUUAAGCUAUGCUAUACGGCAAAUACGUUCUCAAAUAUUCGAGUCAUGGCAGCAGGAGUAUGCCGACGAUACCACUGGCUCCAUUACAAAGAUUUUCUUUCCAAUUCUUGAAGAUGCGCAACUAUACCGACAACUCUUUGGGAUAUCAUUUGAAUUGACACAGCUCUUUACUGGCCAUGGUUUCAACAAGGCAUACUUAAAGCGAUUCAAAAUCAUUGACGAAGACUGGUGCCCGUGUGACCAACUCACUGUGCAGAAAGUUUCCAGUGGUGCGGUAACCGAACGUUUGGUAGAAACUGGUAUGCAAACAUACGUAUCUAUAGUGCCGAGUAUUAUGGAAACUGUCAACGAAGCACGCAUACUGCCGCCAUCUGUGCGUAAAUGUUAUUUUGCGGAUGAGCAACCUCGUGUCUAUGGCAAAAAAUACAGUUUCAAUAAUUGCAUUACACGUUGCCGUAUGCACAGCAUGUUGGUGUUGUGCAAUUGCUUGAUUUUCACGUACCCCGAAAAUUUGUUAGACGUAGGCACGGAUUUUGUUUACUGUACGCUGCGGCACAAGACAUGUUUGGAACGAUAUUACUUCAAAUGGUCCAAUGUCAUAACUGAACGCGCGAAUAUUCCUGGUCUUGAACGAGAAAUGGAGGAUUCCUUAUAUUGCCCUCAGUGUUUGCCGCUCUGCUCAUCGGUGCGUUACGCCGUUGAACUCAGUGCUUUGCCAUUGAAUCCAUAUAACAUUGAAGCAUUUCCCCAAAUCGGCCUGUCGAAUAUUACAAAUUUUGCAGUGACUCAAGUUUACUUUGGCACCUCGCAUAUUCAAUACUUCAGGCGCAUACUUACAGACGACUGGGUUGAAUCUCUCAGUUUUAUUGGCAACUUGGUGAGCAUCGUUACUGGCAUUUCCUUGGUUGGCAUUUGUGAGGUUUUCUAUUUUUUUGGCCAUCAACUGAUUAUGGGUUUUAAAAGUGAAAUGGCGUCCGAUAGAAAAGGUAAAAAGGGCAAACAGAAAACACCUUUGCUAAUAUUGCCAUGA